AUGCCUCUCAUACCCUGGUUCACCAGGUCGCGCCAGGUUCCUCUCUACCGGCUCGACGGAACAUAUGCUCCUCAACCCUCUGCAGCUACUCCACUUCCCUCGGAUAUCAACGGCCUUCUCACAGCCGCAUACCAGGAUUACCUAUCCUCAUUGUCACCAAGGUGCAGAUCCUCUAUCACAACGCUGACCGCCGAGAUCGAGGGCUGCACGGCGGCUCAAGAGGUGUCCGACAUUCUUCAGGAGAAGGCGAAGCUCGUGAAGGGUAGUCGUCGGGGCAAUGGGCGCGCACACUCUGUCCGUGGGGCGAUCAAGCCCAUAGUAUGCGGACUGGGCGUUAUACUGGAGACGGCUGCGGAAACGUCUUCAGCCCUGCAAGUGCCGGGCGGCAAGGGCAUCUCCGCUGCCAUAUCUGUUUUUCUCAAGAACGUCUUUAGGCUCUCAACGUACAACGUGCUCGCGGGUAUUCGCUUCCGCUUGCGACGAGACCCAGUAGACUAUGGACUGCCCGUCUCUGCGUGA